GGCUCGCCAUUAGCACCCGAAACGAGUUCCUUCCAAGUUCGAACCAUGGGAGGAGAAUGAGAGCGGCGGUUCGCACGAAGCGGCCGCGGCGGCCACCGCCGGCGGCGACGGCACAGCUGGCUUCCAGUUCCAGGCCGAAGCUGGAGAAGGCGCAGGUCCCUCUAACCCUCCCGCUGAAAUCCUUCAAGCUCCGUCUGGCCAACGGCCCGCCGCUCGCGCCCACGCCCAAGGCAUUCAAGUCCUACGCCGAGACCUGCGCCACCCUCCUCCGCCUCUGCCGCGCCGCCGCCACCGCCACCAGCCAUGCCGCGCCUGCUUCCUCCUCGCCCUCCUCCGACCGCCUGCCGCUCGCCCUCUCGCUGCACGCGCACGCCGUGCGCUCUGGCGUCGCCGCCGACCGCUCCGUGGCCUCGCACCUCCUCACCACCUACGCCGCCUUUGCUCGCGCCGCGGAGCGCGAUCGUGCCUUCGGGGACUGCGUUGCCGCGGACGCCGCCUCCCCCUUCGCGUACGACUUCAUGGUGUCCGAGCACGUCAAGGCCGGGGACAUUGCCUCCGCUCGCAGGCUGUUCGACGGAAUGCCCGAGAGGACCGUCGUGUCGUACACUACCAUGGUGGACGCGUUGAUGAAGGGCGGGCGUGUGGCAGAGGCCGUCGAGCUUUAUGAGCAGUGCCCGUCUGGCUCCGUGGCCUUCUUUACGGCAACGAUUUCUGGUUUUGUCCGCAAUGAGCUCCACCACAAUGCUCUUGGCGUCUUUCGUAAAAUGCUCAGCUGCAGGGUGAGGCCUAAUGGUAUCACCAUUGUGUGCAUGAUCAAGGCAUGCGUUGGUGCAGGUGAAUUUGGUCUGGCUUUGUCGAUCGUGGGGUUGGCCAUUAAAUCAAACUUCUUUGAGAGCAGCAUCGAGGUACAAAAUUCUUUGAUCACACUGUAUCUAAGAAUGGGAGAUGCAGCUGCAGCCCGUAAGGUGUUUGAUGAGAUGGACGUGAAGGAUGUGGUCUCGUGGACUGCACUGCUUGAUGUGUACUCUGAGUCGGGUGAUCUUGAUGGAGCUCGACGGGUUCUUGAUGCAAUGCCUGAGAGGAAUGAGGUCUCCUGGGGUACUUUGAUUGCUAGGCAUGAGCAGAGAGGCAAUGCGGCAGAAGCGGUGAAGCUGUACAGUCAAAUGCUGGCUGAUGGUUGUAGGCCAAACAUUUCAUGCUUCUCUAGUGUGCUCAGUGCCUGUGCUAGUCUUGAGGACUUGCGAGGAGGAGCGAGGAUCCAUGCCCGUAGCCUAAAGAUGGGCUCUAGCACCAAUGUGUUCGUAUCCUGCUCUCUGAUUGACAUGUACUGCAAAUGCAACAAGUGUGGAGAUGCGCAAACGAUUUUUGACACCCUCCCACAAAAGAACAUAGUGUGCUGGAACUCUCUCGUUUCAGGUUAUAGCUACAACGGGAAAAUGGUAGAAGCUAUGUAUCUCUUCAAGAAGAUGCCUGCAAGGAAUUUAGCUUCAUGGAAUACGAUUAUCUCUGGUUACGCGCAGAAUCGACAAUUUGUUGACGCGCUAAAAUCUUUCAAUGCAAUGUUGGCUUCGGGUCAGGUUCCAGGGGAAAUUACAUUCUCGAGUGUUCUUCUUGCUUGUGCAAACUUGUGCUCUUUAGUCACGGGUAAGAUGGCUCAUGCUAAGACUAUCAAGCUAGGAAUCGAGGAAAGCAUUUUUAUCGGCACUGCACUUAGUGACAUGUAUGCCAAGUCAGGGGAUUUACAGAGCUCCAAGAGGAUGUUUUAUCAAAUGCCUGAAAGAAAUGAUGUCACUUGGACUGCCAUGAUUCAAGGACUUGCUGAAAAUGGUUUUGCGGAGGAAUCUAUUCUUUUAUUUGAGGAUAUGAUGGCAACUGGAAUGACACCAAACGAGCAUACAUUUUUAGCUCUUCUAUUUGCUUGUUCCCACGGUGGUUUGGUGGAGCAAGCCAUACAUUAUUUUGACAAAAUGCAGGCAUUGGGUAUUUCACCUAAAGAGAAGCACUAUACUUGUAUGGUUGAUGUCCUAGCUCGAGCUGGUCGUUUGGCAGAGGCAGAAGCUCUGCUGAUGAAAACCCCAAGUAAAUCAGAAGCAAAUUCAUGGGCUGCCCUUCUGAGCGCUUGCAACACUUACAGGAAUGAGGAGAUUGCUGAGAGGGCUGCAAAGCGGCUUCAUGAGUUGGCGAAGGAUAAUACAGCAGGCUAUGUGCUACUCUCGAAUAUGUAUGCAUCAUGUGGAAGGUGGAAAGAUGCUGCCAGGAUAAGGGUACUGAUGAAAGGGACCACACUCAAGAAAGAUGGAGGGUGUAGCUGGGUUCAAGUAAGAGGUCAAUAUCACGCCUUCUUUUCUUGGGAAGCAAAGCAUCCACUGUCAAUGGAAAUCGAUGAGAUCUUGGAUUUACUAAUGUGGGAAUCGUCUCUUUGAAUUUGUUGCGUUAGUAGAUCACCAGUGAGGACACCUUUGACAAAAGAACUUCUACUACCAAUUAUUUAUUCAGUUCCAUCAUACAGAUAAAGGUAGCAAGAUGGAACUAUUUCUGGAGAAUGAUCUUGAGGACAUUGAGUUUGACUCCCCUUGUGUUGUUUGUCGCGAUGUACUGAACUAUGAAGAAGGAAAAUGAAGUGCUAUAGUUAUUGCGAAAUUGACUGAGAUACUUGGAAAAUCUGGCUGGUUUAGUUGGUCACUGGUUUUUGAGCAGUAUUAUGAUCAUGGUAUGCUUGACCCCGCUCCUGAGACAACAUCUUGCAUGGUAUUGAUAACCUGGAGAUAUGAUUUGACGUGGAUCAGCUUAGGAUGAACAGCAGAGAAAAUGGGACCCAGCAUUCUCAGUGUCGUAUUUGCUUGCUAGUACAUAUUUUCUGGGCUCCACUGCUAUGCCAUUGAUUUGUAUGACCAGUUAGCAUGGUUUGGAGGAUGUAAAUAAUACCCACAGAAGAUGUGCCAUGAAGCCUACCCCAGCAUAGAGCAUGACGAGCUAGCGUGUUGGAACUUUGGGCUUUGCUGCUGGAAUGGGUAAACCCUGUCAGCACUAUUUCAGUCCGGCAAGGAGGAAAAGCUGCGUCGAGUUCAGGAAGAUCUCCGCAACCUGGAAAAUCAGAUCUCACAAGUCAGGUGUGAUCAUAAUGUUUCUUGUCUCUGCUCUGGUUUCGCUGUUUUCAGAUGUCAAAACAGCUACUGUCAUGUUCUUUUGUCAGUUGAGUUGAUACCAGUUAGUAGUAUGCCUCACCCUAAGUUUAUCUGGUUAUCCCUCAAAAAAAAAAUGUUUAUCUGGUUAACCAAUGGAUCGUGCCUUUUGGAAUAAAAUUGUACUACAUUCGAGGA